AUGAAGCCAGCAGUUGCUGCUGAUGAAAUGUUUCCAGAAGGCGUGGGGCCUUAUAUGGACGUCGAUGAGGCAGGUGGUUCAAAUGCUUUAUUGAUGGAUUUGGCUGCCAAUGAUAAGUCAGUUCAUUCAGAUUUCUACAACGAAUUUGAUGAUUUGUUUGAUGAUGAAGAC